AUGCCAUCCGCCGUCAGUGCGGCAGCGGACCCAGUCCCAAUCGAGACCUCCCAUGAGGACAUGAUUCAUGACGCGCAGCUGGACUACUACGGAAAACGCCUAGCAACAUGCUCGUCGGACCGCACUGUGCGCGUGUUCGACGUGGUAGAUGGGGAGCAGAAGCCCGGGGCGGGCCAGGUGCUCAAAGGGCACACCGGUCCCGUCUGGCAGGUCGCUUGGGCGCACCCCAAGUUUGGUCACAUCCUCGCGUCUUGCUCGUAUGAUGGCAAGGUUAUCAUUUGGAAGGAACAGCAGGGCCCCGGCGCGAGCGGGUGGACGAAAAUUAAGGAGCACACUUUACACAAAGCCUCAGUCAAUUCCGUUUCCUGGGCGCCACACGAGCUCGGAGCCAUCCUCGCCUGUGCCUCGUCGGAUGGCACCAUCUCUGUCUUGACAUUCAAGAACGAUGGCCAGUGGGGCGCCGACGUAUUCGAGGGCCAUGCCAUUGGCUGCAACGCCGUCUCCUGGGCGCCCGCAGUGCAGCCCGGAUCGCUCAUUGCACCUCAACCAAGCACCAUCCCGGGCCAGCAACCCGUACUCCCUCAGAGUGUCAAGCGCUUUGCUAGCGCGGGGUGCGACAACCUUGUCCGGAUCUGGGGUUUCCAGGAAGAAACGCAGGCGUGGAUGGAGGAAGAAGUUCUCGAGGGUCACACAGACUGGGUGCGCGACGUGGCGUGGGCGCCAAAUAUCGGGCUUCCCCGCAGCUAUAUUGCUACUGCCUCGCAGGACAAGACAGUGUUGAUCUGGACGAAAGACACACCGACCUCGCCGUGGGUCAAGACCGCGCUGGAUCCGUCGUCUGUUGUGUCGCCAAUAGGUGGGGCAGGAUCGGCACCUGCGGGCAAGUUCCCGGAUGUGGUAUGGCGCGUAUCCUGGAGUCUCGCGGGAAACGUGCUCGCUGUAAGCUGUGGGGACGGCAAGGUCACGCUAUGGAAAGAGAACCUGAAGGGCGUUUGGGAAUGUGUGAGCGACAUGACCAGUUAG